AUGACUUCCAACAGAGUAAAGCCAACAAAUAAAGAUUCAUUGUUGCUAGCUGCAGAUGAAAAUGAAACUUUGUUCAGUUGUUUGGGAAAGGGAUGUGUGACUUUAGCGAGCGGUGUUGUACAGCUGUAUCUUUCUGAUACCCAAGAUGGUCAGAGAUGGAAUAAGAGAUGCUGUGGGGUGGCCACAUUAAUAAAAGAUAACACGAAGCGAUCCUAUUACAUCAGGGUCUAUGAUAUCAAGAAAAAGCAGAUGUUAUGGGAACAAGAACUUUAUAACCAGUUUAGAUACAAAUCUCCUAGAAAUUAUUUCCAUACAUUUGAAUGUGAGAAACAACAAGCUGGGUUGAAUUUUGCUAGUGAAGAUGAAGCCAAUCUGUUUAAGAGUGCUGUGGAACAGAAACUUCAUGAGAGAAGCCAACGUAAAAUGGGCAAUCAACCAAAAAUGUCGACAAGCACUGACAGUAAACUAAAUGGAUCAACAAACGCGUUGAAUACUGCCAAAUCUAAAAGUAAGAAGGAGAAGAAGAAGGGAAAACUGACGAAAGAUGAUAUUGGUACUCCUACAAACUUCAAGCAUCUAAGCCAUGUUGGUUGGGAUCCUAAUAAGGGAUUUGAUAUGAAUAAUCUGGAGCCUGAUAUGCAUAAUCUCUUUCAAUCAGUUGGAAUUAACUCUGAUGUUGACGAAGACACGGUGGAGUUUAUUUAUGAUUUUCUGGAGAAACAUGGUGGAAUAGAUGCUGUCAAAAAGGAGAUUGCUCAAAGACCAGCACCACCUCCCCCUCCAACUUCUUUGGGUACCAAGACUGGUCCACCAGCUCCACCAAUGAGAUCACCAGGAUCGGCUGCCCCAGCUCCUCCCCCUCCUGCUCGUCAAAUAAACCACGCCCCUCCCCCGCCUCCUGCUAGAGUGACAGGUGGUAGACCCUCAUCAGCUCAAAGAGGAGUGGCUCGACCCCCUGCAGCAGCUCCACCUCCUCCUCCCAUGAGUGCUCCUUCCUCCAGACCUCCCCCACCCCCUGGAGUCCCUGCUCCUCCACCACCUCCAGUAGCACCCCAAGCACCUGCCCCUCCUCCUCCUCCUCCUACUGGAUUUACACCAGCGGCCCCUGCUGGCGCUAAUACUGAUGGAAGAGCCAAUUUGAUGGAUGCUAUAAGAAUGGGCAAGAAGCUGAAUGCCACGCCUGCUGACCAGGGCUCUAAUGAUGGAGGAGAUGGCCAUGGCAUGUUGCUAAAACAAAUUCAAACUGGCAAGAGUUUAAAACCAGUUGAACAGACUCAGUCCCGAGCUCCCUCUAUGAAUGAACAAGAUGGACUAGUUGGUGCUCUAGCUAGAGCAUUGGCUAAUAGACAGAAAGCUGUAAGAGGUUCAGAUGAUUCUGAUAGUGAUGAUGAUGAUGACAGCGAAGAAGUUGAUGAUGAUGAAUGGGAUGAUUAA